UGGGAAGGCGGAAGUGUUUUCGUUGGAUCGUGAGAAUCCGUAAUUUUUCUGGACGAUCAAUUCGACGUAAAGUAACAGCUGUCACUGUGUAUGAUACCAUCUCAUAAAGUUGAUAUGUGUUAAACGAGACACUCUGACAAGCAUGACACUAUCAUUUGCUAUUCAAAGGAAACAACAAUAAAAAGGUUCAGACAACAGUGAGCAGCGUUCAGCAACAAGCAGCUGACAGGGAGGAAAGGACAGACUGUCAACCAUCAUCUCUUCCACCUUCCUUGAGAAGACAUGGCAAGACACACGUGUGUUAUUCCUGCUGUGUUAGCCUGUGUCAUAGCAGUGGUUACAGGACACAGCAUUGGUGCUGACAAUGCAGGACAUAGUAUCAAUACUGCCGAUGACAGCCUAAAGCCGACUGAUGGAGUCCUGGGGGACACGAUGAAGAUGGACAUCAAGAUGAAGGGGGCACAUCCUGACACUCCGGAUUCCUACCUUUGUUCCAGCUACAGUUUGAAGGACUUAGAUAUGGAUGAGAACUACAUUGUUAAGUUUGAGGCUAUGGCUGAUGUGAAGACAGCUCACCACAUCCUGCUGUAUGGCUGUGACGGGGAGCCUGCCAGAGGUACAGACAUAUGGAAGUGCCCAGCCGUGUGCCGGGACCGUUCCCAGGAGCAGAUCAUGUUCGCCUGGGCCAAAGCUGCACCACCCACUCGCCUACCUAAAGAUGUUGGUUUUCGAGUGGGUAGAGCCUCGUCCAUCAAAACCAUCGUGCUACAAGUCCACUACAAGCAUAAGUUCAGCGAAACUAUGCCUCGUGACUACUCAGGAAUACGUAUCUAUCUCACUCCUGAAAGACAGAAGUAUGUUGCAGGAAUACAUCUGAUGGCAUCCUACAGAAUUGAGAUCCCCCCAAACACCCCUGUGACUCACUCUGACAUCAGCUGCACAUACACCGGACCCAAGCCUAUGCAUCCCUUUGCCUACAGGACACAUGCCCACAGUCUUGGAAAAGUGAUAUCUGGUUAUCUCUUCAACGACACCUGGUAUGAAAUUGGCAAGGGCAAUCCACAGUGGCCCCAGGCAUUUUACCCAGUAAAUGGCUCCUUCACUGUGAACCCAGGCGAUGGACUGGCUGCACGAUGUACCUUUGAUUCAACUAGCAGGAAUAGAGUCACAAACAUUGGAGCUACAGGAGCAGAUGAGAUGUGCAACUUCUACAUCAUGUACUACACCGACUCCAGCGUCAAGAUGCCCUCGGGGCAAUGUGGGGGAAACCAGCAACCCAAUCUCAUCGCCAACAUCCCCCAGGACUCCGACGUCCCUCUGCCACCGAACCCGGAGCUGGAGGAGGAAGCUAUGGGACAUCAUCACCAUCACUCUGGCAUGCAGACCGAGGCCUCGCAAACUGUGGACCAGACAGACAAGGCAGAUAACCUCCCUGACCCGCUGGUGUUUGACCCCUCCUGGCCCGCUGAGGAGCUUACCCUGGGGCAGAUCGGAGGCAUGGCCACAGAUAAGGAAGGGAAUGUGUACAUCUUCCACAGAGGCAGUAGGCAGUGGGACAGUCGGUACGUGUCAGGAUCCCAUACCGAGAAUGUGAUCAUUGUCCUUGACAAGAAGGGCAAACUGGCGCAGUUUGGCAGCAAUCAAUUCUAUCUGCCCCAUGGUAUCGAAGUGGACUCCAAGGGCAACAUCUGGGUCACCGACAUCGGCCUGCACCAGGUGAUGAGAAUCCCCAAAGGUGCGUCCGCCCCAGACUUGGUCCUCGGUAAACAGUUUGAGCCUGACAGCGACAACGAACACUUCUGUAAACCAGCAGACAUCGCAGUCAUGGAGUCUGGGGAGUUCUUUGUGGCAGAUGGCUACUGUAACAGCCGUGUUCUCAAGUACUCCAGCAACGGCACAUUGCUGGAUGAGUGGGGGCAAGCUGACUUCACAGACAAUGGUGAUGCUGGAGUCCCCCCAUCUGUGUUCAACAUCGUCCACAGUGUGACUGUAGCAGAGGACAAGAAGCUGGUUUGUGUAGCAGACGAGAAUGGACGGAUACAAUGCUUUGAUCUGGAUGGAAACUUCCGAUUUAUCAUCAAGAACUAACACAUGGGUCCUCGUGUGUUUGCCAUCGAAAGUACUGUCCUCUGCAUGAUGGACCCACCCCACGAUGACAAGCAGACCAAAGUCCAGGGGUUCACCAUAGCCCUGAGCACAGGAGACCUGCUGCAGACGUGGGACAUCCCCAAUGGUCUACGGAACCCCCAUGAUGUGACAGUUGACUCCACCGACCAUGCUGUGUAUGUGGAGAACUUUGAUCCGCACAAAGUGAAGUUUGGCAGGUUCCAGGGAAUCGAGCCUGGAAGAUUUAUCAUGGCCGCAGCUGUUCCUGAUAAGAAAGGCUUUGCUGGGAAGCCCAAGGACACAAGUGACACAACAGGGACACAGAUGCCCCCUAUUGCAGGCACAAGCAACAGUUCCGUGACUCAGGAGAUGAAGGACGUCCAUGACAAGAAGUCUGACUACAUGCCCUCUAUUAUCAUCGGUGUGUUGUUGAUAGUUCCGGUGGUGUUGCUGCUGGUAGUCACAGUCAUCAUCCGACUGCACCAUUCAGGUAAAAUAUCCUGUUUCUCAGGCAAGAAACAAAAGGUGUUUAGUCUCCAGAGUUUCCUCGGUAACUCUCACAAGGGUUUUGACCGACUGAGCACAGAAGAGAGUGACCAUGAACUUGACCCAUUGAUGACCUCGGAUCAGGAGGAGUACACGGCUCCCAGUAAGAAGCAGAGGGCGUGAUUCUGCUUCUGUGUGAUUGCCUCCUCUUACACUGAAAAACUAUGCCUUCAAUUAUUCAGAUGCUUAUUUUGGAGAUAAACUGGGACUCAGUGUUGUUAUAAUUGAUCUUUUACUCGGCUACGAUGCCUCUGGGGAUGAAGAUCUUUUACUCGGCUACGAUGCC